GGGAUGCCGGACUUUUUUGGUGACGAAAAUCCGCCCGCCCCUUCCCAAACCCGGUUCUCUCAGCUUGUCCUUCCCCCUUCCCCCUACCUACCUAGCUAGCUAGCUACCCAACCAGGCUGGAGUCCCCCGGCCGCACAGCACGCAACACACUGACAGCUGAGACUGACUCACAACCGAGGUGGGAAAGAUGGAGCACAGAGAUUCCGGCUUCAGCAUAUUGUUGGCGACCGAUUCAUACAAGGUAACACAUUACAAACAGUACCCCCCCAACACAAGUAAAGUGUACUCGUACUUUGAGUGCCGUGAGAAGCGGACCGAUCCUACCAAAAGCAGAAAAGUCAAAUAUGACAAAACCGUCUUCUAUGGCCUACAGUACAUCCUCAAUAAAUACCUAAAAGGAAAGGUAGUGACCCCAGAGAAGAUCCAGGAGGCAAAGGAGGUAUACAGGGAACACUUCCAGGAUGAUGUUUUCAAUGAGAAGGGGUGGACUUACAUUUUGGAGAAAUACGAUGGACACCUGCCUAUUGAAAUCAAGGCCGUGCCAGAGGGGAGUGUCAUUCCUCGAGGCAAUGUUCUGUUCACAGUGGAGAGCACAGACCCUGAGUGCUACUGGCUCACCAACUGGGUGGAGACCAUUCUGGUUCAGAUCUGGUACCCCAUCACUGUGGCGACCAACUCCAGGGAGCAGAAGAAGAUCCUCGCCAAGUACCUCCUGGAGACUUCUGGGAACUUGGAGGGACUUGCCUAUAAACUACAUGACUUUGGCUACCGGGGCGUCUCCUCACAAGAGACUGCGGGCAUUGGGGCCUCCGCCCAUCUGGUUAACUUCAAGGGCACAGACACAGUGGCCGGCAUCGGAGUCAUCAAGAAGUACUACGGCACCAAGGACCCUGUCCCAGGCUUCUCAGUGCCUGCUGCAGAGCACAGCACCAUCACAGCGUGGGGGAAGGACCAUGAAAAAGAUGCCUUUGAGCACAUCAUCAAGCAGUUUCCCAACGUGCCCGUAUCAAUCGUCAGCGACAGCUACGACAUCUACAACGCAUGUGAGAAGAUCUGGGGAGAAGACCUCCGGUCGCUGAUAGUGGCCCGCAGUGCAGACGCCCCGUUGGUUAUCCGACCAGACUCAGGAAACCCGCUCGAUACAGUUUUGAAGGUUUUGGAGAUCCUGGGUAAAAAGUUUCCGCCAGUGGAGAACUCCAAAGGUUAUAAGGUUCUCCCUCCUUAUAUCAGAGUCAUACAAGGGGACGGAGUUGAUAUCAACACACUGCAAGAGAUAGUGGAGGGUAUGAAGCAUCACAGGUGGUCCAUUGAGAACAUUGCCUUCGGGUCCGGCGGGGCUCUGCUGCAGAAACUGACCCGAGAUCUGCUCAACUGCUCUUUCAAAUGCAGCUAUGUGGUCACUAACGGACUAGGGGUGAAUGUGUUCAAGGACCCAGUGGCCGAUCCGAACAAGAGGUCCAAGAAGGGUCGCCUGUCUCUGCACCGGACACAGAGUGGUGACUUUGUCACCCUGGAGGAGGGCAAGGGAGACCUAGAGCAGUAUGGCGUGGACCUGCUGCACACAGUCUUUCUGAACGGAAAGAUAGUGAAGACGUACACAUUUGACGAAGUCAGAGACAAUGCUAAGCUCAAAGAGAGCGAGCUUAACGUGCUGCUGGACUGAGCGCUGCACUACUAAAUCCUCACCCUCCACCCUAACCCCAAAACAAACCCCCUCCCGUCAACCCUUCCUCCUUUUGGGCACCAACGCAACCCCAGAAAAAGGAGGCGGUGUACACUGCUAAUAGUUCCCUCUCCCAAAGUGUGACAACUCCCCAAAACGU